CUGCCUACAUCUUCUUCUCCAUCCUCUUGCUGGUAGCGAUCAUCUAUAUUAUUGCUGCCUUGGUUCUUAUCCACGGAGUGAGAACUAAACGACGAUUUCUACUACUACCAUGGGUCUUUUUCACCUUCCUGAACAUGGUGAUGGCAUUUGCAGGUGGAAUAUUAACGCUCAUCAACUCGCAUGGAUAUUCUCUCCAAAUUAUCGUUGGCUGUAUUGUGCUUAGUAUAUCCAUUAUUUGGAUCUACUUCACCUGUGUUGUCUUCAGUUUCUUCCAGGCCUUACAAAAUGGGGAAUACUGGUGAUUCCAUCCUCUGCAACCUUUAUAUAAAGGAGUCUUGACUGUCA